AGAUGCGGAGGACUGCCUAUUCUGCUCUUGGCUGUGCAUGUGAUCUCGGAACCCAAAGCAGCUGAUCCCUCAAGGAAGCCGUGUCUGACAGAGGAGAACUCUCCUCAAGUCUUCUACCCUCUGCCUCCCUCAUUUCUCUUUCUAUUUAGUUUGGUGGGAGAUUGAUCUAUUUCCCAGAAUUGAAUCAUGAAGCUUAGUCUCGUUAAAUUGAGUCUUCAUAAAUGCAAAGAGUUCACAAAGUACCUCAACUUCAUUUGUUCACUGUUAAAGGAGCCCUGACUACCAGGCACACUUCUGUUGUUGAAGGGGUUCCUCAUAAUGACAUGGAAUAUGGCUAGUUUGUGAUGAAGACAACUUAGCAGGUGUGGUAGCUGCUGCUGCUGAAGAUGUUAGGACACAGCUGGACUUGCUGAGGGAGGCGAAAGGGUGGCAGGAGGCAGAAGCUGGAGUCUCUCAAGGGGUUCUGGUGCCAGGCCUCCCAUAAGAAACCAUGAUCACCCUGAUAACUGAGCAGCUACAGAAACAGAGCUUGGAGGAACUGAAAUGCACAUCCUUCAGCAUCAGCCUGCCUUUGCCUGAUCAUGCUGAUGUGGCCAGCUGUGGCAGCCCCUUCCAGAUAGCGCCUGAGGGAGCUUCAUGGAGGGACUUGGCUCCCUGUCCAAAGAUCCAUCUUCAAGACAGCAGAGAUCUUUACCAACACUCCAGCUUGAGCCUUCCCCUGCCCCCCUGCAGCCCAGACAACAGCCCUCAGAACAGCCUCACAUCCCAAACACUGGCCUCCAACCCACUAGUCGCAGAAAAGGCUUCUGUGCCCCCCACCAAAAGACACUGCCGUUCACUCUCGGUGCCUGAAGACCUCUCCCGUUGGCAGGCUGUCUGGAGGCCCCUGGGCUCCAAAGUCUGGACGCAUAUAAAACGUCGGGACAACAGUGGAGGGGACACUUUGGCAGUACGGCCUCAGAACCUGGCCCAGAGAGCCAAUAGACCUUCCUUCAGCCCUGCCCCCAGUGCCUCUCAUCAGUGUGUUCAAGAUGGUGCUGGUGGUGGCAGGAGCCCACCUUUCUUCAGUCUGGCCCUUUCUCGAGAAUCCCCAGCAAGUGUACCAUGGGAGACUGGAGAGACAUUACAGCCCUACCCUUUGCAACGGCGUUUCUCCCUGUCACCUGUCAGAUUCUUGCCCUCCCCACGAAGCUCUACUACUUCCACACCAGAGCUGCUUCGACACCAGCACAGCCUGCCUCGCAGCCGCUCACAACCCUGUGACCUGGACACCAGGAAAUGUGGUCUCAAGCGGCGCCAUGAUGAGGACGUGAGAUGGCACAGGCCCUCACUUGAUUUCUACAAGAUGAAUCAGAAACCAUUUGCAGGAGGUGUAUGUCAGUUAGACAGAUCUGAAGAAGGUGGCUAUCCAUCAUGGCUCUUGGCUUGCAGCCCACAAGCACCCUCUGCUCCAUGCAGUCCCAUCAGCAAUUGCAUUCAGGUGCUUAGUGAAAGUGAGGAGGAAGAAGAAGCAGCAGCAGCAGAAGCAGCAAGGCGAUUAAAUUGGAACUUAGCCAGCAAAAGAACACUCUUCCAACCAGACUUUAGCGAUCUGGAUCUGACUUUGAUUGAGGAGAACUAGGGGUUGCAAGCUUCUUUGAAAAACUGACUCUGGUAUUGGCAGCAGGGGAAGGCUGCACUCUAGGACAAGGGCAGUGGGAGCAGGGUGGGUGUGGAGGGGAAAGUGGUACUGGGGCUGAAGGGGUUUUGUCUGCUUGUUUCUUUUGUAUUAAAAGAAAAAAGAAAAAAAGGGAAAUUGCUACAUGAAUUGUUAUGUUUCUGGGGGUGGGGUGAUGGAAGCCCUGUUGAGAAAUGAAUGAGAGAGAACUUUAAUAGUAGUGCUGAUUCUUCCCCACAAGUGUGUCUACCAUUAGCAAGCCCCUCAGACUUGCAAUGUGCAGAAACCAUUUCCCCUCAGAGUAUUUUUUUUAAGUGUUUCACAGAGCUCUCUUCAGAUUUCAGAUUCUUUCACUGGCAAGACCAAAGUGGUUGAAAUAAAUAGGUAUCUAUUUUAAGAAUUUAAAAGACAGGCUUAACAGCUCCUUCUUGUUGCAGAGCAUGGAAAAUGAUCCUUUCCUCAAACAUUUUCUUUUAUUUGAUGACCCUGAUUCUUUAUUGGCUGUUUGAACAGUAUCUUUUGCUCUUGCAUUUUGU